UGCGCCCGAGAACCUGGCAUUAGGGUUCGGUUAAACGGACGUGGUGGAGGCGCUGUCCACCCAUCGAGUGCAGGUAACCGCGGACAGUGGAGCUGUAACCUAACCACAGUUGUCAAGAACCGGGUCAGUACUGUUCAGUGUACAACUGCAGGCGGUAAGCGGAGAGACACUCAGUACAGUCGUUCGGGUUCAGUGUGGCAGCUGAAGCAGGAAUUCGAAACUCUUGCAGCUGAAGGUUAGGGAAUCGAGAUCCGACCCUUGUCGUUUGAGGCGCAGGGGAAGCCCAUUUGGUGUCAGCCAGUCGGAUCGAUCAUACAUGCAGAGGGAAUUGUACGACGCUCGCACCCCGAUCCGAGUCAGGUGAGUUGAAUGCUGCUGCUACUUAACUCCGAGGGGAGGAGCGGUAGGGAUUCCGAGAAGAAGGGAGCAGUGACUACGACGAGGCAGCGUCGAGUGGAACCAGCGCUUGCCGUCCGUAUGUGAGGACGAUGGAACACGCCGAGACAAGAGGCGAGGAGAAAGUCUAAGGCACGGUUAAGAAUCGAGGGCUGGAUUUGAAUGUCCGUCGGGGAUCGUGUGGCUAGGCUGGCCAUCACGCUGUAGACUCGCUGUACAGAUAGAUGCACUAAGAACGAGUGAAUCAUUGUCGGCAUCAAGGUGCCCACUCACAGGGACAUUCUCUCCCAGCUCGAGCACCCCGAAAUGGGGAAGAGUACAUCUCUGAAUGAAGCGCUCUUGGACCAGCGGGAGGAAGCCUGUGGAACUCCGCAGCAACCAAUUCGAGUGGAGGAAGCGUAUGGGCAAAAAUUUCUGAACGGGGACUGGAAAUGUGGUACGGAUGUGUGUGGAAUAGCCAACACUCGUAGCGACGCUGCCAUAGAAGAACGAUCCGAAGCAACCAAGAAGCUGAGUCGUGCUGUUUGUUUCUGCGUUGUGUUUAUGAUCUUAGAAAUCAUUGGGGGCAUUAAGGCUGGCAGUCUAGCAGUUCUCACAGAUGCGGUACACUUGUCGUCCGACGUCGCGAGUUUCGCAAUAUCUCUUUUCGCAGUUUGGGCUGGAGGUUUGGAGGCGGACCGUCACCGCCACUCGUUCGGGUUUUACCGACUGGAAGUUUUGGGCGCGUUAGUCUCUAUACUGAUCAUAUGGUUGAUCACUGGAAUAAUAGUGUACGAAGCAAUUGACAGGCUUUUCACCGAGCAGGGUGCAAUCGAUGGUCGUUUAAUGUUCAUCGUAGCAUCCCUCGGACUGCUAGUCAACCUUGCGAUGAUGUUCUUGCUGGGACAUGACCAUGGACACGGAGGGCACGGGCACGGUCAUGAUCAUGGGCAUGGACACGGGCAUUCGCAUGACCACGAGGAAGCAAGUGAUCAGGAACACUCUCACACUCAUGAACACGGAAGUCAUGAUGGUCACGAUCAUGAACAUCACGAGCAUCACCACGACGAAGCACACGAUGAGCACGCACCUCUCUUAUUAGAGGAUGGAAAGAGUUCUGACCCAAAUCAGCACAGGCAGGAAUGCAAGCGACAGAACCUAGUAGUCAGGGGUCAUGAUCAAAUAAUUGUCUGCAUAUGCGACGAAGCCGAUGGAUCCUUUGAGCGAAGACUGACCAUUGAUUCGACGUCAAGUGAACACGAGGUUCGACGCUCUGGUUCUAGUGAAAGAAGAGAAAAUGUCAACGUGCGCAGCGCAUACUUGCAUGUUUUAGGAGACAUGAUACAGAGCAUUGGUGUCAUGAUCGGAGGAGCAGUAAUAUGGUGGAAGCCUGAGUGGAAGAUAGUAGAUUUGAUAUGCACUUUCCUGUUCUCCAUUAUCGUUCUGUUGACUACGUUGAAGAUGGUCAGUGAUAUUCUGGCAGUUUUGAUGGAAAGCACCCCGCGAGAAAUCGAUGCAAAACUCCUUCAAAAGGGCUUGGAAGCCAUCGACGGAGUGAAUGCCGUGCACGAGCUUCACAUAUGGGCAAUUACUGUGGGAAAAGUAAUCUUGGCUUGUCAUGUUAUGAUCAAGCCCGAGGCCGAGUCAGAUGAGGUGCUGCAGAAGGUGAUACACUACUGCGACUCGAAGUUCAAAAUCAGCCAUGUCACCAUACAGAUCGAGCGAAGAAAGCAUGCUGCACCCCUAAAUGCCCCUUCAGAAGACCAUUCUCUUGAUCACGACCAUUCUCAUGACCAUGACCAUCACCACCAUGAUCAUCACUGAGGGUCAGGGACAAGGUACUUCGUGAGUUCCACUUGCCCAGGGACAGGUUUUGGCAUCCCAAAAGUCCCUUCGGCUCUUUGUCCUAGACUUGACGACUUUUAACCAUACUGUUGUGAUCAGGUAUGGUGCAAAAGUGAAGCAGAUACUGUUUUGAGUUUUAAGCAGACGAAGAAAGUCCAGAAGGAAAGAGAUGGCUGUUUCUGAAGCUUCAUUUCACUGCGUUUGAGCGGUGUUUAUGUGGGACUUCAAGGAGUCCCUCCUAUCUCUUCAACGAGGUUGGGUUGCCAGCAAACGUUCUGCUUCAUUGAAGUUGGGCAGGUCUGAAGUGUUGGGGAUGCAUCGUACUUGUAGGUGGUCAGGAUCGAAGCUUCCUUCGCAGAGCAAUACGAACCGCGUGAGCAAGUGUUCGCAAGUCGUUCCACACGCUUCUUUCAGUACGCUUGACGUUUGUAAACUUCAUCAUCGGUCGCCAAACUGGACUGAACGUGUGGGACGAAUAUCUGUAAGAUUGUUGCUGCUCAGCGCUUCAUCUGUAAAACGCGCUUACCCAUAUUGGGUGAUGUGUAUGUAUGACUAUAGGUCUAUCAGCAAGAAAUAUGAGAACUCAGCGCCAUGCUUUUCCCUUGCAAAUGAGAGGAUUUGAUAGAGAUUCCUGUGUCUCUACGAAUAUAUAUUGUUGUGUACAAUGAGAAUGCGGAAUAGAGCCUAUUUGGAAGUCAGUGCUUGUAUCAGUUUUGAAUAGAGUUGGUACACACAACGUGGAUUAUGCGGUUAUCUUCAGAUGUCAUGAUUCACAAAAUCAUGCAAUGUUGUUAUUAUUCUUUGAGAACUGAGGGUUAAAUUUCAGGAACUUUGUUGAAGUUCAUGAGGACGAAAAAGAGAGUGUGACGGGAGGUGAGAAGCGACGUACUUUUUUUUGCAAUUAUAUUCAGAGGAAUCUGUUAGACGAGGUGGAGACUUGCCAAUGUAUCAUUUGUUUGUACGUUACGUCUAGAAGGAAGUCAGGAUAUUAUGUCAUUGUACAAUAAUUCUUGAAGUUAGUGAAAAUGCUUAGUCCCAUGCUAUCCUUCAUGGUAUAGGUUUGAGCAUGGAAGUAUGUUCAUCCAAUGUGCAUCAGCCGAGAUGCUCUGCCACGGUUUUGGCAAUGCCACAAUUUAACCUCGAAAUGAAUACAUUUCAAGUAAUUCCGCAUGGAAAAAAAUCAACGGACGCUAACUUCAUCGUACGGUAGUACCUAGUCUAUGAGUCCCGAGUCCGUAAACAACGUUUUUUCUUUGGAGAUUGGACAGAAAAUUGCUUAUUGUUUCAUUCGCAGAGUUGAUUCGGGUGCUUUUUCCGCUGGUAGGGUAGAAUUCUAUCUUCUGCUGUAACGUACGAUUUGGAAACAAACAC